CUGAACGAACGGCAAGGUAAAGGGAUGGCAUGAUGCUGUUCCGAUCCGACACAAAAUGAAUUUUAUGGCGAUGGGUCGGGUAGACCAGUGUUGCUGGUGGUGAUUCACUUUAUUUAAAAUUAUCAUGUCGUUUUUGUUAAACAAGUUAAUGUUUGUGUAAGAAUCUUACUAAAAUUCUUUACAUUAUAUGCGAUAUAUUGUAUGCAUGUAGUUCCUAAACCAAGAUAACAGCGCUAAAGUCCUGAAAAUUUGAGAAAACUGACUUCAAUAAUAAAAUAACAUUAGUGUUUUAUAGUUUAUUUUUCACUGUGUAAAGCUUUUGUUGUCAUCACAUUCGUUUAACCUUUUUGUUUUGCUUGCAUAUUCGUCAACAAUUUUGCAAAACAAGCAUCAAUCGAUUUUUGCACGAAAUUCGGUUCUCGAUUUUAGCUGGUAAAAUCAGUGUCCAAUAUGUCGUCAUCGUUCUUCUGCUGCAUUCCCGGAUGUAGCAAUCGGCACGUCGAGUGGACAACACCGCUUCCACGAGAUGAACUGCUGCAAGCUCACUGGAGUGACGCCAUUCGAGCCGGCACCGGUGGACUGUCGCCACUGGAAGCUCGAGUUUGCAACGCCCAUUUCGUCGACAAGGGAACAACGCCGGCAAUGGAUUACCAGGAACCGACUCUAUUUUACAGAAACAACGUCCCACUGCAAAUCCUCUGCUGUCGCCUAUGCCUCUGUCAUGGCACCUUGGACAGAAUGUUCAACGCUAACGAUCGAUCAUCCAUAGCGGAACGGUCCUUAUCCUGGCUGGCCAACAAACACUUUGGGGUCUGGUUGGAACCCUCGAAUGCAUCGGAGGUGCAGUACUUCUGCGAAAAGUGCAAGGAACGACUUGAAGCGACACAUGCUUUCUGGAUGGACAUCCAGCGAGCCGCCGAGAAGUAUCGCCUAUUGCAAGAGAAAAUGUCCACCCAAAAGCUGCCACUAAUCCCAAGCAAUCAAAUGACACCGAAUCCGGCACAAAUCCACCCAGUCGUUGAACAAAAACCACUGGUUGAUUUACCACGAGAGCCAUUUUUGGACGACCUACCGGUCGAACCUCCACCUCCAAAGAAACAAAAUCUCGGAAAACUGUUUGCCGUCGUUGAAUUCGUCUCCAAGACUUCAGCCCUAAAAGUUCUGGCCGUACCUAUGACUUGGCUAAAGGACGACCUUCUGUUGUGGCCCAAGCUGAUGAACGGAGAAGCGAUUUACGCUCUGCGCAAGGAAGGAACCGCGCUGGAUGAAGGCAUCGAAACAGACAGCUUCCCCGUAAUUGUGCUGCAACAGUUCGAAGACUACCAUUCGGCAGAAGCAGCUGUUCAAGUCAUUCUCAGACGAAGGAACCCGGAACCGUCCGCCUCAACGACUUUUCCUAAAGAUAUUCUCACUCACACGGCAUUCCGCAACGAAAUCCACCAUCUGAAAGCAGAUCUCAACUCACUAGUUCAGACGGCCGUCGAAGCCGCAGCCGAGAGAAGCUUCCGCUCAAACUUAAACCGCUUUUCGAUGGCUACCUUCGAUCAUCAAAGUCAGGCAUUCCACGGUCACAAUCCAGUUGCGGCGCAACCUGCCCAAGAGAUCAUUUCACCCGUACAAGCGGAGGUCGAGAAGCACAAGAAAAUCAGCAUCGAGCCAGAGCUGGAUGAUUUCAACACCAGGUUGGCCGAUCCAGUGAUUUGUCAGAAAUACCUGGACUACUUCGCCAAGUUCAUCCACCCGACCAACUGCUCCAGCAACGGUGACAACGCCCUGUACACCAUCGUGGACUACCUGUUCACGCGAGACUUCUGGAACAACUUCACCUGGACCGGGAUCAAUCGAGGGCAGAAAUCGUCCCGAGGCUUCCGGGAGUUUGCCAACGUGACGCACCUGUUACUGAACAUCGUCCUGCUCGGGGACACUACGUACGAUUCGCAGCGGUUGGAACAAUUCUGCCGGGCGAAGCUGUUCCGAUACUCCAAAGCACGAGCGGCAGGCAAACAGCUGCGGAAGUCAACGGUUCGACCCGGCCGGAAGCGACCGACAACGGAAGAUUCGAGGAGCUCCGAUGGCGGUGGUGAAAUGGAACUCCCAAUGCAUGACUCGAGCAUGGAAGGCCAUAGUGUAGUCUGUAAGGUGGAAGCCUUUACGGACGACAUGUGGCGACAGUCGACCGAUGGCGAUCCGAGUCAGUACUCGGAAGAUAUGAUGUGAGCUCGCAUGAGAAACUCUACUGAAGAAUCCGACGCAUAACGAAAGUUGAUGAGAAUAAAUUCAAUGCAAUCUACUA